AAACCCUGUUAACCUGGCCGUGUUAAAACUGAACGAGCAAGGCCUGUUGGACAAACUGAAAAACAAAUGGUGGUACGACAAGGGAGAGUGUGGCAGCGGGGGCGGGGACUCCAAGGAUAAGACAAGUGCGUUGAGCCUGAGCAACGUGGCCGGAGUGUUCUACAUUCUGAUUGGAGGGCUGGGCCUGGCCAUGCUGGUGGCGUUGGUGGAGUUCUGCUACAAGUCGCGAACCGAGUCUCAGAGAAUGAAGGUGUCCACCGCGCGAGCCGCCGCUCAGACCUUUCAGUGCUCAGCCUUAGACACAGGGGGCGCUACCGCUCCUUACACAGAGCUGCAGAGCUACGGCCUGUACUCCAACAACACUGUUAAGAUAUAAGAGAGAGAACAGAGGACAC